AUGCGUGCAUCUCUUCUCAUUGCAUGCCAUCUUUACCUGACUGCGGCCGACCCUGUGAGGGCUUACUCCAUGAUGCAGUCAAGGUUGAGAGGGGCGAAGCCAACUGUGCAGUUCCUUGACGAAGAUGGCGCCGGGCCCAGCAGGGGCCCGGAGCCGUCGUCGGGUUCUUUCGCGACUGCCGUUCUGGGUCAGAAAUACAGUGAUGAUGAUGAGUCCUGUUCAGCUGAAGGAAUUACGCCGGGCGUUUGCGCGCUAGCCUCUUUGGCGAGGUCGGCGCCUACGCUUCUGGCUAAGCAGGCGGACUGCGACAAGCAGGAAAGCAGAGACAGGCUCGAGCGAGCGCUUAUUGCAGAAAUCGAAUCAGCCCUUGCUGGGAGCCACGCUGGAAUCAACGCCACACAGCUGCAAAGGCUUGAGAAGGAGCUGAAGCCGAUCUACGCCACGUUACAGCAAGCCGAGGGCUCCAGGGAGGGCCUUGGAUAUUCAGCGGCCAGGUAUCUGCUUCAUCAACAUUUCUUACGCCAACAUGCCUGGUAUGUGCGUGGCCUGAACCCUGCGGGUGACGGCCGCAAGCCGCCGGAUGACAAGGUGCUGCGACUGUUGCUGGUGACAUUGAGUAGGCUAGCUGGGCCUGUUGACAGUCUUCUCUGGCCAUGGAAUGGGGGCUACGUUGCAAACUCAUGUCUGGGCAGCGACAAUGGACAGCGAUGGAAGGAGAUCCACCAAAGAAUGAUGUUCUUGCUGGAGGCGGCCCAUGAGCCAGGAAGCAGGUUCCAGGCAUAUCACAAGCGCGUCUCGACGCUCGAUGAAGCCAGACGUGAAAGCUUCAUGGCCGCGUGGGAAGAUGUCACCAACUUCACCGCAGAGAUCAGUUUUGCGACAGAAGACCACCCUGUGGCACAUGACUGCUGGUGCGGGGUCGGGGCUAGCAUCGUGUUUCAAACUCUGCCCCAAUGGCCGACCCAGGUGUUGAAAGCCUCUGCAGGAAAGAGCCGUACAUUCUAUCCACCUCUGGAGAUUUGCAUGGUUAUGAGUCUUUGGGGCGAGACCUGCGGAGUCUGGCCGCUGAAUCUGCUGCUAUAUCGCGUGGCCGAACACUUCGAGCCCUUCGUGAGGCAAUGCAGUCUCCCGGUUGAGCUUGUGAACCGUGCGCCUGGCACGAUCGCUUAUGGUCUCCUCAAGAAGCUGUCAACAUAUGACGAACAUAAUGCUGUAGUCGAUCUGUGCGUUGGGCAGGCCUUGCCUGCCGCGCUUCUGGCAUCGAAGUCCGCAACCGUCGAGUACGUGGAACGCUUCACGUUCAUGAUCCUGUGGUGGUCGGCUUGUCGGCGGCCGACUCCCUUCAAAAACUCGGUCUAUUCCUUCAUGGCAGGCAGGUACGAUGUGAUGCGAACCCUGGCCUUCAGGGCCGAGACUCCAUUUCAAGUUUGGGAGAAGGCCGAGAGUGGCCUGCUGAGUAACUACUCGACCGCCUUAAGGCGCGAUCAACAAAACCAGCUUCUAGACCUCAUGGAUGUCGCACAUUCUGUCUGUGAGAUGUUGGGCAUCGCCUAUGUUCUCAAUGGUGGGGGUCUGUUGGGAUCGAUGAGACACCUGUCAAUCAUCCCUUGGGACGACGAUGCGGAGAUGGCGAUUGUGGAGGAGGAUGAUCGGGGCGUUGAGAUUUUAUUGCUGGCGCUGGCCAUGCGGCUUGAGUCCCGAUUGGAGCUUGCGAAACCAGACGUUGCAUCCUUGGUUGAAGCUUCCGACUGGAGCGAAGAGGAGACCAUUAACCAUGCACAAACAUCGAUGCUGUUGGAUCGCCUGGAAGCUGUCGACCGAACGGCGGAUUUCUUGUCGCGCGGAUAUUCUCGCAGAAGUGGCCCACUGUAUUCUGAUUCUAUGAUUUUUCCACGUCGGAAGCGAUAUUGGAAAAGACCAGACUCCGCAGACGGCCUGGUGCUUUGGACCUUCAACAAACCAUCAGAGUACCUGGAGCUGCUGUAUGGGGCGAAGUGGUUUACUGAGUGUCUUCGUGAGGAAGGGCAUGCAGAUGAAGCUAACCGACGCCUAGCACCCUGGAACGGCGAGGAUCCGUACCUCAGGAUUCCAUGUGCUGAGGUCGCUUCAGUUGUCCAGUAUACGAAUGUGUCGGAGGAUCAGUGGACUUCCAUUUACGGAGCAGUCACAACUGAAUUGGGCAACAGAUGGCAUUGUCAAAACCUUGUCUCCAACCCUCUGGAGGCCGUUGGCGAGCUUGUUCUGGCCACAGCACGAUGCAGCCGACGAUCCGUGUCUUGCGAGGGCCUGGUAACUCUCAUCGCUUCUGGGGCGCGGCUGCAGUCUCUGGUUUGCUACGGCGAUCAUCCAAACAAGCGCUGGGCGUGGGAGGAUCGAUCCUUGCCGCAGGUGUCUGCGGGACCAGCUUGGGUUCCGUGGGAAGGCAGCCGGGAAAGUUUUCACCUGGUGAUCGUCGGAGGUGGUCCGGCAGGAUUGGGGCCUCUCUACUAUGCUGCCAGCGUGGGUGAGCUGGAGGUCCUCCUUCGAAAAGGCGUCGUAAUCCUCGAGAAGGAGGACCACCUUGGCGCCGGUCCAUCCUUCGAGUUGCCUAUCAACAGCAACUCCUUCGGCUCUGCUUUUGUGGACAUCCUGAACAGUGAGAAUGUCGCCCGGCUCUUCCCAGCAACCCUUCGCAGUCCCUUGGUCCAGGAGCUCAACGUCUCGAAGGAGGUUGAGCUCAAGAAGGUCGGGGCUUUCCUUCGCUUGAUGGCCCAGGAGUUGCAACAGAUCUUCCGCGGCUUCCCGGCUAGCCAAGUCGUUCUGGGAGCAAGUGUGCUUGACCUGCAUGUGAGCGACCUGACCCAAACAGUCGUGUACGAACAGGCAGGGCGCAAGGAACGGCUUCAAGGUGAGCAUGUUAUUUUGACGAUGGGGGCAACAGAAGAUCUGCAACAUUGUCAACAGGCACCGCUUGGAAAGUCCCAGUUGACAUUGUCACAUUGUGGGUUCAAGCAUCUCUUCAGUGGCUAUGAUGCCCUGCAAUUUUUGGCCGGCCAUGAUGAUCUGGUCAUUGUGGGUAGCUCCCACACAGCUUGGGCCAUACUGCACCUACUGCGGGCCCGCCAAUCACCCACGAAUGUGACCCUGGUACAAAGAACAGCGCCCAAAUAUUUCUUCUACUCUGCUGCGGAAGCCCAGUCGGCAAAUGCCAGCUUCGACUCGUUCCGCGAUGUUUGUCCGAUCACUGGACGCGUCAAUCGGUUCUCUGGUCUCAGAGGAGACAUCCGAGACUAUGCUAUGACGCGUGGUUUGCGCCGGCAGCCAACAGAUCCGGUUGUGCGAUACUUCACGGACGGCCGUGACGAAUUUAGCUCUUCGGAGCUUUGCGGGCUGCUUUCCAGGAGCCCCGUUGUUUGUGCCACGGGAUAUCGCCCACGCUUCCCACGCAUCUUCCUUGGCGGAAAACAGGUGGAAGUGGCUUACGCCUCAUCCCCAACGCGCAGAGGACAACUGGUUACGGAAGCUGGAAUUCUGGAGCAUACCUAUGCCUAUGGCCUCGGGAGUGGGAUUGCUCUCAAUGCGGAUAUUGGUGGGGAAGUGCGAGGUUGGGGUUCGAUUCGGGCUGACGGCAUCUGGCUUUAUCAGUUCGACAUAGGCAAGGCCAUACAUAGAGAGCUUGCAAAGGUUGGCGCAUCUGCCUCGUGGGUUGAAAUUUACAACAAGAAGGCGCGCCAGCUCAGCGCGGCUAACGCUCCACUACAUCAUUUCGGCGGCUACGAGAUGUUCACUUGGGAGCAGUGGCUGGCACAAGCUCAGGUGCUGCUGGAGCCGCUGCGUCCUUCCUUGCGUCGCAGCGUGCUUGAAGUCGGCGUGGGUGCAGGAGCUUUCGCUGCUGCCAUCAGGGCCUUCACAGACGAGAAUCCUGACACGGUCGUCUACGGAGUCGAUCCCGCCGCUGACACAAUCGCAGUUGCCCGCCAACGCGUGAACGGGACAUUCGUCGUCGCAGGAGUUUCAGAUCUGAAGAUGCUUUUCAAGCCCCGGUCUUUCGCCUGCGUCGUCUCCUUUGGGGUGAUCACCUACCUGGAGUCGGAAGAAGCUGUCGCAUUCCUUUUUAGUGAGAUGUUAAGGAUCGCCCAGGAUUUCGUUUAUGUGGGGGAAGUGUCAGAUUUAUCCAAGAAGCCGCUGGCCGAGUAUUUGCGGGCAUCAAGCCAUGUGAACUCGACGAAAAAGCAGCGCCAUGUCUCCAGAUCUUCACCUCCACACCUCUAUGUUUCAAAAGAUGUGUUUCACAGGGUUGCAGCAGAACACGGUGCGACUGCAGACAUCAAGGAUCACACGGAUUUGGAGCUGAAAUAUCCAACAGCACCAUAUCGCUUCUCUGUCUACGUGGACAUCAGGCGAGGCACACGACAUGCCAGUUCCAAUCGAAACGAGCCAGAAGCUCUCCGUGGCCGUGUCGCCGGUCAUCUCCUGGAGGUCAUGGAGAACAAAGCGGGUGAGCAGGGACUCGAUCUGCGCAUGCUGGCCGUGUUCGUUGCGACUUUGGAGCACUUGAUCCAUGGAGACCAGCGGGAACGCUUGAAGCAAGCAUGGCUGGUGCACGAGCUCCAGCCAGAGGGCACGACCACCGGCGAAGGACUCCUCAGCGUUCUGCAGGUCUUCAUGGCGCAUUAUGUCUAUGUCAGCCAGAAGGUGGACAGCGGAUACGCACUGACCCUGCCCAAGGCCUUGGAGGAAGUCAACACCAUCUCCCGCAUUUACGGAGGAUGGCCUCAGAUCCGCUCCUUCAUUCACGACCAGGUGGACAGGGCACUGCUCAAGAGCAAGAGCCUGACCUUCGAGGAUGCUGCUGAAGCGGCCGAUAUGGUUCUGCUGUUGUUCCAGGAGGUGUCCGGUUCCAUGUGCCACGAUAUGGAAAGAACUUUCCAGACUUUGCGAGGAGGUGACCACGGGCGUGUCCUACUCUCUGAGCUCAGGACUGCCGAUGGAGGAGAUCUCUUCCGCGAAUCGCUGGAUUACCUGCGCCAGCUCGGGGCGCUGGAAGAGACCGGGAGGGAGACUUUCGUCUUCAUGCCGAACUACAUGCUAGGCCCCUCCAACUGCGAUGGCACCACCAGCUUCUACGAUCUUUGCUGCCCCAACUCCUGCGAAGUGUACAAGGACAAGUUGGAGCAGGCACUUAUGUCUGCAGCUGAUCACGUCGAAGCGAUAGCCCGUGUGGUUCAAGAACAUUCUGGUAACAAGCUCCAAGAAGACCUGCUCGGGAAGCUGAAAGUGAUGGCAAAGGAGCAGGGCGAGCGGGUUCUCAUCCACGGGCAUGCUUUCGCAGAAUG